CAGGCUCCGGUCGCUCCCGCCUCCCCAGCGGUACCCGCGGCCGCAGUCGCGCACCCGGGCAGGCUCGGAGGAGCGAAGGUCAUGGCUUCUGGCUUCUCGGACUUGAGGCUCCAGCGGAGGAAAUGACCGGCAGGGACCUUGCUCCACGCCUGUUACGGACACUGAACCUUCGCAGGGCACGAGCUUGCCCAGCACAGGAACGUCUCUCUCUUUGAAGGGCUUUACAGUUGCCACAGAGACCGUGAAGAUGGCGACUUCGUCUAUCAGACGGCAAAUGAAAAACAUUGUGAACAAUUACUCGGAAGCUGAAAUAAAAGUGCGGGAAGCCACCUCCAAUGACCCGUGGGGCCCGUCCAGCUCCCUGAUGACCGAGAUCGCCGACCUGACCUACAACGUGGCGGCCUUCUCGGAGAUCAUGAGCAUGGUGUGGAAACGCCUCAACGACCACGGCAAGAACUGGCGGCACGUGUAUAAGGCGCUCACGCUGCUGGACUACCUUAUCAAGACGGGCUCCGAGCGCGUGGCCCAGCAGUGCCGCGAGAACCUCUUCGCCGUCCAGACGCUGAAGGACUUCCAGUACAUCGACCGCGACGGCAAGGACCAGGGCAUCAACGUGCGCGAGAAGUCCAAGCAGCUGGUGGCCCUCCUCAAGGACGAGGAGCGGCUGAAGGCUGAGAGGGCCCAGGCUCUCAAAACCAAAGAGCGCAUGGCCCAGGUCGCCACGGGCGUGGGCAGCAACCAGAUCACCUUCGGCCGCGGCUCCAGCCAGCCCAACCUCUCCACCAGCUACUCGGAGCAGGAGUAUGGCAAGGCCGGGGGGUCGCCGGCUUCCUACCACGGCUCGCCCGAGGCCUCGCUGUGUCCCCAGCACCGCGCAGGGGCCCCGCUGGGUCAGAGCGAGGAGCUGCAGCCGCUGAGCCAGCGCCACCCCUUCCUGCCGCACCUGGGGCUGGCCUCCCGCCCAAAUGGCGACUGGUCCCAGCCCUGCCUCACUUGUGACCGCGCAGCCCGAGCCACUUCCCCGAGGGUGUCCUCCGAGCUGGAACAGGCCCGGCCGCAGACGAGCGGAGAGGAAGAGCUGCAGCUCCAGUUGGCACUUGCCAUGAGCCGAGAGGUAGCUGAGCAGGUUGGUGCCAGGCAGCUGAGCCUACCCUGCCUUCCUAUAGGUGCCAAGCCAGCUGCUUCCGUGGACCCAUGGGGCGUGCCCACUGGCACUAGCACACACUCCGGGCCCAAGGGCUCAGACCCCUGGGUGGCCCCGCAGCAGCCUGCCCCCAGUGCUGGGAAAACAGCGGAUGCUUGGGCCGCAGCCUCAGCCGCCAAGCCCGUCUCGUCCUCUGGGGCCUUUGAUCUCUUCAGUAAUUUGAAUGGUACAAUUAAAGAUGACUUUUCUGAAUUUGACAACCUCCGGACUUCAAAAAAAACAGCUGAGGCCGUGGCCUCGCCACCGUCCCAAAACAACGGAACUACAAGCCCCGACCCCUUUGAGUGCCAGCCCCUGACUGCCGCCUCAAGCAAGCCCAGCAGCGCCCGGAAAACACCCGAGUCCUUCCUGGGCCCCAACGCGGCCCUGGUCAACCUGGACUCGCUGGUGACCAGGCCAGCCCCGCCGGCCCAGUCUCUCAACCCUUUCUUGGCACCAGGUGCAGCCGCCGUCUCGGCCCCUGUCAACCCCUUCCAGGUGAACCAGCCCCAGCCGCUGACGCUGAACCAGCUGUGGGGGAGCCCCGUCCUGGGGACCAGCACGUCCUUUGGGCCUAGCCCAGGUGUGGAGCCCAUGGCUGUGGCCUCCAUGACCUCCACGGCCCCACACCCGGCCCUGGGGGCCAGCGGUUCCUCCCUGACGCCACUGGGCCCCGCCUCGAUGAACAUGGUGGGCAGCGUGGGCAUCCCCCCCUCGGCAGCUCAGGCGGCCGGCACAACCAACCCUUUCCUUCUCUAGUGCCCUGGCCUGGGACCCACCACAGAGCGAAUGCCCAGGAGCCUCUGUGCCUGAGGACGCCGAGCAGGGACUCUCGAUUGUGGACUGGUGUCCAAGAGUGGGGGUGGGGGGUGGGGGGAUGUUAGGGCUUCCCGGUCCCGGCUUUCCUGAUAAAAGGGUUGCCUUCCCAGCCCCGACCCUCAGACUCCAGCGGCGGCAGGCCUGCUAGACGUCAGACACAGCGCGUGGGUCUCCGCGCCUUCCGAGGCUGCCCGCCCGCCUGUCCCCAGCCCACCGCCCGCUGCCCACGGGAGGGGCCCGACCCGGCCUGGUGGCCUCCCCGCUUCCUCCUGAGCGCAGAGGUCCUGGUCCUGCAGAUUGGCCAGCUCUCUGGCGCCUGGGAUGAGGCGGGAGUCCUCAGCGUCGCCCUCGCCCUGAGCCUCAGCCUGAGGGCCUCUGGGACGCCGCCCACCCCGA